CAAAUAUUUAGGGACGGAGGGAGUAUUUAAUAGUGGGUAUAUUAUUUCUCUACAGUCUAGAAAAUAGAAAGGGUGGAGUAACUAAUACGUACUUCCAAUUAAAAAAAAGUUAGAAUGAUUACAUUUAAAAGUAUUUCAGUCAUUAGCAUUUUUUUUGGAAAUUAUUUCUCUAAUUCUUCUCUACAAAAUCAUUUCCACCAGCUUCCCUUCUUCGGCACUGGCCAUCAUCUUCCACAAUCUCACUCUUCUUCCAUUUUCAGGUAACAAAGCAUGUGGCGGUUUAAGCAUUUUGCCCAUAAGGAACAGAGCGGACUUGAAGGCCGCACCAUUGAUGUUGGCAAUCUCAAAGUUCAUGUUCGCAACAUAAUCGCAGAGGGCGGGUUCUCUUGUGUUUAUCUGGCCCGAGAUGCAGUCCAUGGUUCAAAACAAUAUGCAUUGAAGCACAUGAUAUGUAAUGAUGACGAGUCUUUGGAACUAGUUCUGAAAGAGAUCUCUGUCAUGAAAUCACUCAAGGGGCACCCUAAUAUCGUCACACUUUGUGCUCAUACGAUCUUAGAUAUGGGACGCACCAAGGAAGCUCUAAUUUGCAUGGAAUAUUGUGAAAAAACUCUAGUUGGUGUACUUGAGGGAAGGGGGUCUGGUUAUUUUGAUGAAAAACAGAUACUGACAAUUUUUAGAGAUGUUUGUAAUGCUGUCUUUGCUAUGCAUGGACAAUCUCCCCCCAUUGCCCACAGGGACUUGAAGGCAGAGAAUCUUUUGCUAGGCCCCGAUGGGUUUUGGAAACUAUGUGAUUUUGGUAGUACCACUACGAAUCACAAACGGUUUGAGAAGCCUGAAGAGAUGGGGAUCGAAGAAGAUAAUAUUAGGAAACACACUACACCAGCUUAUAGAGCCCCAGAGAUGUGGGAUCUUUACAGAAAAGAACUGAUAAAUGAGAAAGUAGACAUAUGGGCUUUAGGUUGCCUACUGUUCCGUAUAUGCUAUUUCAAGUCUGCAUUUGAUGGUGAAUCAAAACUACAAAUCUUGAACGGGAAUUACCGCAUUCCAGAAUUACCAAAAUACAGCACCGCCAUUGUAGACCUUAUUCGGGAUAUGUUACAAUCUUCACCAGAUGCCCGACCAGAUAUCAUGCAGGUGUGGUUCCGAGCUAAUAAUUUGUUACCCGAUGGGCUACAGAAAUCAUUGCCUGAUAGAGCUCCCGAAAUGAUGCAACAAGUGGCUGAUUUGCACGAUGGUACUCCAAAAACAGCAACCAAGACAAAUCCAGUACCUCGAAGAACUCCACCACCACCUCCCCCUUCUGCUGGAGAGACAAACCGUAAUUCACCACAGUCUCAUAACCCUGGGAUGCAUGGGGCCAAUGACCCUUUAGGUGCUUUUUGGAACACUGAACAUGCAAAGAAUGUAGUCCCAGAUGACAAAACUAGACCUAGGUAUGAUGAAGAAUUGAGUAGCUAUAAUAGAACAAGUUCUUCAAGGGCAGUCAACAGAGCAAGGGAUGCUGCAGAUUCUGAAACAAUUUUUUUCGACGGUAAUUCUGACCAAAAUAAUGAAAGAGAUAAAUCAUUCAAUGCUUUUGUGGCGGAGUUUAGCAGCAAUGGACACGGUUCUGAAGGCAACACUAAGAAAUCUGGGAAAGAAGAACUAUUAGAGGCUGAGGUCGAAAAGCUGAAGGAGCAGCUGACACAUGCCAACAUGGAGAAAGCUGAAAUAACUUCUAAAUAUGCAAAACUAUCCGCCAUAUGUCGCUCACAACGACAGGAGAUACAAGAACUUAAACAAGUUCUUGCUGCUAAAACUCCAUCGCCGAAUAAAGAUGCCUCCAAAAACCAAACGCCUCUUUCAAAUCAAACAUUCAGUACUACUACACAUCAAGGGGAAAGCAUCCAAGGAACCAUUUGGGAACUCCAACAAGGAUUGUUCAACCAGAGCCCAUCAAGUCCAGAUGACCCUAAGCCAUGGCAGGCCUUCUCAGAUGACAGCUGCCGUAAACCACCCACAAAUCCUCCUAGCAACACGCCACGUUCUAUGAGGACACGGGAUAACAACAACAACAACAAGAAGGAGGCUUCUGAUACAAGUUGGGGAUUCGGAACUGACAGCUUCACGGCACUUCCUUCCGUUACCUCUCAGGUGAUCCCUUCUUUUAAAGAACUCAACACUUCUAUGAUGAAGGGCACGGGGAACAGGUCGUCUUCCCAACCUGCUGGGUGGGCAGGCUUCUGAGCAAAUUCAUGAAAACAGUCAACUUCAGCUGGCUGGCUGGCCUCUACUGCUCUACUUAAUAAUUCCUAAUAUAACAAGAUUUUCUAGUCUCAUAAUAAUAGUACUGUAAAGAGAAGGAAAAAAAAAAAGAAUGGUGGUGAUGUUGAAUUUGUUGUGAAGAGAGUUGUAACUUUUUUGCCCUCUGAUAAUUACAUUUCUGCAUGAUGUGAGCCUUAUCUUUGUGAAGAACUAUCCACAUAUGCUAAUAUGAGUCUUUAUGCACACAUUUUUCUUGUUUAUUUUCAUUUAAUUACAAUGAAGAGAAAUUGUAUUG